CGAAUCCCUCCCUCCCCAGUCGCCCGUUCUCUCUCUCUCUCUCUCUCUCUCUCUCUCUCUCUCCAGAGGUCUAGGUUUUCUCUCUCUUCUCGCUGCUAGGGUUUCAACAGAACUAGGGAACCUAUGGGUGACAACAAGCAGCAGGAGCCUCUCAACCUCUCCGAUCUCGGCGGCGCUCUCCCCUCCGGGUUGACCGCUGAAGAUAGAGCUGGCCUCGUUAGCGCUCUCAAGCUGCAGAGCUUGGCGGGUCAGCAUGCGUUGGAGAUGCUCACUCCGAGAGUUAGGAAACGGGUCGAGUUCUUGAGGGAGAUCCAGUGUCAACAUGACGAGCUCGAGGCAAAAUUUUUUGAGGAAAGAGCAGCACUUGAAGCGAAAUACCAGAAGCUUUAUGAGCCAUUAUACACAAAGAGAUAUGACAUUGUGAACGGUGUGGUCGAAGUUGAAAGUGUUGCAAAAGAAAAUGCUGAUGUAACUGCAUCCGAGGAUAAAGACAUGGAAGCCACUGAAGAAAAGGGUGUACCAGGUUUCUGGCUCACUGCUAUGAAGACCAAUGAGGUGCUAUCUGAGGAGAUUCAAGAACGGGAUGAAGAGGCCUUAAAGUUUCUAAAGGAUAUUAAAUGGUCGAGGAUUGAUAAUCCAAAGGGUUUCAAGCUUGAAUUCUUUUUUGAUACUAACCCAUAUUUCAAAAAUUCCAUCUUGACGAAAGUAUACCACAUGAUCGAUGAUGAUGAGCCAAUUCUGGAGAAGGCUAUAGGGACUGAAAUUGAAUGGCUCCCAGGGAAGUGCUUGACUCAGAAGGUCUUGAAGAAGAAGCCCAAAAAGGGAUCAAAAAAUGCCAAGCCUAUAACCAAAACAGAAAAUUGUGAAAGCUUUUUCAACUUUUUCAAUCCUCCUCAAGUCCCAGAAGAUGACGAAGAAAUUGAUGAAGCUACUGCUGAAGAGCUACAGAAUCAGAUGGAGCAAGAUUAUGAUAUAGGGUCUACUAUCAGGGACAAGAUUAUCCCACAUGCAGUGUCAUGGUUUACUGGAGAGGCUGUUCAAGAUGAAGAUUUUCCUGGUCCUGGAGAGGAUGAUGAAGGUGAAGGUGAUGAAGAGGAUGAGGAUGAUGAAGAGGAUGAGGAUGAGGAAGAUGAUGAGGAUGAUGACGAGGAUGAAGAAGAGGAAACCAAGCCAAAAAAGAAGCAUUCCGUGGCAGGACAUAAGGGUGUUGGCGAUGGAGCAGAACGGCCUCCUGAGUGCAAGCAGCAAUGAGUUGUUGUGGAAGAAACAUUUUGGACUGUCAAGCAUUAUUGAGUAGUUUUGAUGGUGUUGUCUGAAGGGGAUUGAGUUGAGAGUGAUCUUCUCUUAUCAAAUCCUGAUCCUGUUGUAGUUUGAAAAGUUUGAGGUUGGUUUGGGGAACUAUAGAUUGGUUGUUGGUGUGUUUUUAGACUAUCAUUCGUAACGUAGUAGGUAUGCAGCCCCUUCUAUUAAUUCAUUCAAAACCCGUGUUUAUUCUUUUUUCUCAACCCAUUUCGUUUUGCCAGUUUUAAGGUUUCAGUGUUGAUCUUGGGAAUAUCGUCUAUCCAGAGUUUGAAUGUGUGGCAACAGUUUGAAACGAUCUUAUUAUAAUACUAAAGUAAAUAUUAUUGGCUUUGGG